CGAGAGUACAAUGAUGCGGUCCUGUGCAGCUGCAAUCAGACACACGUCUCUGACGCGGAGAAGCAACGGAUACUGGGCAUUGUCGAUGCACUCGAACUGAGGCCUUUCGCCAUGAAGGAUUCUGACGGAGCAGAGCAAAAUGGUCUGGCCCAUAUCUCGGUCAUAGUCAAGCUGUCCGCUGGUCAAGGUCAAGUCGUCCCAAACAUGCCUCCACCCAAAAAAAGGAAGCAUGCCCAUCACGAUACCUGUCCCAUUUGCACUCCAACUCAAGCACCUGGACUGGAGAAUGUGUUGUCGACUUCGCCCUAUGCAGCAUUGAUACAGAGGCGAAAGUACAUCGAACUCGACAAUGGCGUUUGCGAGCUUUUCAACCGAGACUGGGAAUUUUCUCCCCAUCUCCAAUUUGCCUGCGCAAAGAUUCUUGCUGGAUGCCUCCUCCUCAACAACCAGAACGGUCAGGUCAUCAUUGCCAACACGAUCGAGGCUUAU